GGGAGGAAGUGCCGGUGGGCUGCGAGGGCGGAGGCGGGGGCGCCGGCCGCUCUAGCCGCCGCGCCGCCCGCCGGGCCGCAGGAUGGACGAGGAGAGCCUGCAGGCCGCGCUGCACACCUAUGACGCGCAGCUGCAGCAGGUGGAGCUGGCGCUGGGCGCCGGCCUGGAGCCCUCGGAGCUGGCCGACCUGCGGCAGCUGCGCGGCGACCUCCAGGAGCUCAUCGAGCUCACCGAGGCCAGCCUGGUGUCCGUCCGGAAGAGCAAGCUGCUGGCCGCGCUGGACGGGGAGCGCGCGGCCCCGGGCGACGCCGACAGCCGGGGCUCCCAGCAGGCGGGGCCCGCAGCGCCCGCAGCCCCCGGGGCCGCGCCGGACACGGCUCCCGAGCGCGAGCGCCAGCCCGAGCCGGCACCCAGCGGGCCCGGGCAGGGGGAGGAGGAGCGGGCCGGCGACGAGGACGGCGACGAGGAGGAGGCGCUGAGCGGCCGCAAGGUGAACGCGCCGUACUACAGCUCCUGGGGCACGCUGGAGUACCACAACGCCAUGAUCGUGGGCACCGAGGCGGCGCGCGACGGCUCUGCGGGCGUGCGGGUGCUCUACCUCUACCCCACGCACAAGUCCCUGAAGCCCUGCCCCUUCUUCCUGGAGGGCAAGUGCCGCUUCCAGGACAGCUGCAGGUUCUCCCAUGGGCAGGUGGUCUCUGUGGAUGAGCUGCGCCCCUUCCAGGACCCGGACCUGAGCUCCCUACAGGCUGGCUCUGCAUGUCUGGCCAAGCAGCAGGAUGGCCUCUGGUACCCCGCUCGGAUAACUGAUGUAGAUAAUGGCUACUACACCGUCAAGUUUGACUCACUGCUGCUGAAGGAGGCCGUGGUAGAGGGGGACAGCAUCCUGCCCCCGCUGCGCACAGACCCCACGGGAUCCUCAGACUCAGACAGUGGCGACCCAGAUGACCCCAGCUAUGCCAGAGUGGUGGAACCCAGUGCUGCCGAGCCCGGGACCUGCAGCUCCGCUUUCGCUGGCUGGGAGGUGCACACACGGGGCAUCGGCUCCAGACUCCUUGCCAAGAUGGGCUACGAGUUUGGCAAGGGUCUGGGCCGGCAUGCCGAGGGCCGGGUGGAGCCCAUCCACGCUGUGGUGCUGCCUCGAGGGAAGUCGCUGGACCAGUGCGCAGAGAUCUUGCAGAAGAGGACCAAGGGCGGCAAGGCUGGCGCCCGGAGGCCCCCGAAAGGCCAGGGCAGUGGGGGUGGACGCCCUCCCCCUCGUAGCGUGUUUGACUUUCUGAACGAAAAGCUGCAGUGCCGGACCCCGGCGGCGCUGGAGGCUGCGGCGGCCCCCGCAGGGAGGAGGAGCGGGAAGGAGAUGUACCAUGCCAGCAGGAGUGCCAAGCGGGCCCUGGGCCUGCGACUCUUCCAGACGGAGAAGAAGAUCGAGCAGACCCAGCGGGACAUCCGGGGCAUCCAGAAGGCUCUCGCCCGAAACACCGGCCGGCACAGUGUGACGGCGGCCCAGCUGCAGGAGAGGCUGGCGGGAGCCCAGCGGGAGCUGGGGCAGCUCCAGGCCCAGGAGGCGGGUCUGCAGCGGGAACAGAGGAAAGCAGACACCCACAAGAAGAUGACCGAGUUCUAGAGCCCUGUGUGCCGUGGACGGGGCUCAGGGACCCCAGCUCCCGGGUGCCCUCGGGGAGACCAGCUGUCACCCGACUAGAUGCUCCUGGAAGAGGGGCUGGCCUGCUCCCAGGCUACACCCCACGGCCAGCGGACACUGCUGAGAGGACAUGGGGCUGCAGGGCUCCCUUCUGGACACUUCCUUGCCACUGAGCCCACCCGCCAGUGUUUCGGGGGGUCUCCUCAGCGAGGACAUUAAAGUGAUUGUGUUGUGGUGUCUUUCA